AAAUGUGACUAUUGUUGCUCACUUGUUUGUAAAAGCAUUUCAACUUUCAUUACAGACAGUCAUGGGCAUCACCUUUUAGCUAAAAUAAGCAGUGGACUUCUGCUGUUGUGGGCCAUUAACCAUCUGUCUGACUUUGUUGUUCACACAGGAGAGAGACUUGACUAUCGUGGAUCCUCUGUGGAGCCUCAACAACAUCAUGAAGCUGACGAGUCAGAGAAGAUUCUCUCCACAUCAGAACACCUCAAGAAACACCAGCGAAAACCCACAGGGAAGAAAUUUCACUGCUGCUCUGACUGUGGGAAGAGUUACUCAAGAUCAGAUUCACUAAAAGUACACCAGAGAAUUCACAAUGGAGAGAAACCUUAUAGCUGUGAUCAAUGUGGGAAGAGUUUUGUUACAUCUAGCCGUCUGACUGUACACCAGAGAACACACACAGGAGAGAAGCCUUAUAGCUGUGGUCAAUGUGAGAAGAGUUUUGUUACUUCUAGCCAUCUGACUAUACACCAGAGAACACACACAGGAGAGAAAUCUUACCAUUGCUCUGACUGUGGAAAGAGUUACUCAAGAUCAGAUUCACUAAAAGUACACCAGAGAAUUCACAUUGGAGAGAAACCUUUUAGCUGUUAUCAGUGUGGGAAGAGUUUUAAUGAUCCAAUCAGCCUGAAAACACACCAGAGAAUUCAGGCUGGAGAGAAACCUCAUUGCUGCUCUGACUGUGGGAGGAGAUUCACCUCUUCCUUUUCAAAAUUACAUACAUUACAAUCACACCAGAGAAUUCACACUGGAGAGAAACGUUAUAGCUGUUAUCAAUGUGGGAAGCGUUUUACUGAAUCUAGACAGCUGACUAUACACCAGAGAACACACACAGGAGAGAAACCGUACCCUUGCUCUGACUGUGGAAAGAGUUUUGUUUCUUCAGGACAUUUAAAAUCACACCAGAGAACACACACAGGAGAGAAGCCUUAUAGCUGUAAUCAAUGUGGGAAGAGUUUUACUCACUCAAGCUGCCUGAUGGUACAUCGGAGAACACACACAGGAGAGAAACCUUAUAGCUGUGACCAAUGUGGGAAGAGUUUUGUUACAUCUAGCCGUCUGACUAUACACCAGAGAACACACACAGGAGAGAAGCCUUAUAGCUGUGAUCAAUGUGGGAAGAGUUUUACUACAUCUAGUCAUCUGACUAUGCACCAGCGGACACACACAGGAGAGAAUCCCUAUAGCUGUAAUCAAUGUGGGAAGAGUUUUACUCAGCCAAACAGCCUGAUUUCACACCAGAGAAUACACACAGGAGAGAAACCUUUCAGAUGUGAUCAAUGUGGGAAGAGAUACACUGGUAGAAAAUCUCUGAUUAAACAUCAGAAAAUACAUACAUGAAUACGUUGUUUCAUGAUAUCAAUGAAAUAAUGUCACAAUGUAGAAUGUUUUUAACGUUGUAGUAGAAGGAGUAUUUUAAUUAAUGUCACAAUGUAGAAUGUUUUUAACAUUGUAGUAGAAGGAAUAUUGUAAUUAAUAAUGUCACAAUGUAGAACCCUAAACGUUUGCCCCCUGUUCUAUUGAUUUCAGCGUGAUAUGGAUAUUAGCCGCAUCAGGGCAAAAAUCCAGGCUCUGAAUUGAAAGAGCACUAUUUAUGUGAUUAACAGAAAAAGUGUUGCGUUACACUUACCGCAUUGGGAACCCACUUGAAAAAAAAUGCAACACUUCAAAAUGUCCUCUAACCAGUGAUGUAAACAUUUCCCAGAUUCCGUGUGGUUUUUGAGCUGUUAGUUUGAACAGGACAUGCAACCUCAUCUCCCACCUCUCGCGCAAUUGAUUUCAACGUGAUAUCGAUAUGAGUGUUGACAAAAGUGUUGUGUUUCUCUUCAUUUUGGCGACCCCUAAAUUUAAACGCAUUACUCCAAAAUGUAGCGGACUGUCAUCUGAAGGUUGUCCUCUAACCAGUGAGGUAAAAUAUAUCUCCCGUUUCCAUGUUUUUGUUGUUGUGGUUGUGUUUGUUUCAACAGCACGCACAACCUGAUUUCCCCCCUAAUCGAUAUCAGUGAUUUAAUUGCCACUUGUCUAAACAACAUGCUAAUUAAAGAAAAUACAAGUAAUAUGA